CUUUGAAGUCGAGAGAUUACAGGAGACGGAAGAGCCAAGGAACGAGCAUAGUGAAGUGAAACGAAGCUCAUCCAGGAAUUCACCUGACUGAGUCUGUCAAUCUUUGGAUGUCAUUGAGCUUAAACAUGAACACUGCAAUGCAACUUUUGAAACUUGGAAAUCUUCCUGUCUGUAGAAAACUGUUUCAAGAAGAAAAUAAAGACAUGCGUACAGGUGUGAAUGAUGACCAGACACAUAUGUCAUGGAAAAAGCUUUUCGAUGAAUUUCAGAAAGAAGCUGAAACUAGAUGGAAUUUUGACUUCAAAAAUGAUCGUCCAUUAGAUGGCCAUUAUGUGUGGGAGGAGAGUAGACUGGAAGAAGUACCACUGGUGUACCAUCCCACCAUAAUUGCUGGCAAAAGGAAAGCACCUUCAUGUGGUACUGAAGAUGCGGUAUAUGAGAAGGAGAAUGACCAGGGGUCCUUGCGGUGCCAAUGUCACAGCACACCAAAAAGGCUGACAACACUAACUUCAAAGAAGGUUGCCUUACUUUCAAAAAAGGCAUCCAAACCUUCUAAACAGAAACAGACGACAAUUAACGAUUACUACCUUGCGAAACGAAGAAUGAUCCAGUCUUCAUGCCCGAAUGACCAGAAGCCGUAAAGAUUGUGUCAUAUUAAUAGACUGUUGGACACGUGGUAGUUCCUGCUGGCACCUUUCUCAGGACAUUGACAUUUCGUGUUUUAUUUAAUUGGACUGUAACUUUGUAGGAUGUUGCUGUUUGUAUUUAAUUUUGGAUACUGUUGUAUUUCCUUCAUGCUGCUGUUCUCAUACUACACUGUAGACACCAGUACAGAAUAUAUACUAACUUUGUUGCAAAUAACACAGCCGAUCCUUGUAGUGAAGGAUUUAGUCUUGUGAAAUAUUUUGUGGUAUUUAUUUUAGAUGAUAUAACUCUAUUAGAUCAGUUUUAGCUUCUGUUUUUGUGAUGCUAGAUUAAUCAUAAUAUCUUGUAUGACUGAUGCAGUCUGUUAACCUUGUAUCAUUUUUAUUUUAAAUUCCUUUAUUUUUGCCUCCUCUGCAAGUAUGCCCUGUAGCACUAGCUGUUGCCAGAUGAUGGAGAAUCACAGGAGAAAUCCUCCUGUCUGGAAGGUUGCUGUGGUUUUGCUGUUAAUAGCACACACACUCUCUCUCUCUCUUUCUCUCUCUCUCUCUCUGAAAGUAGUAGCCAUAAAGUUGUAGAAACAAAUGGAAAUAAUAAGACUGAAUACUAGAAAGGCAGAUAAAAAGGUAAUAGUAGAAAAGAAUACUGCUUUUCUUUAAAGUAAUUUGCAUUGCUAGUGUCUAAAGAUUCCAGGUGUUUAUCUAAGCAGACAGACUUCUCUGUUCUUCCAUUAAGUCAUCAGUAUGGGACCUCUAUCUGUUGUUGGAUUGUGUUCGGCUGCUUGCUUAGUAAAGGGCUCCAUAUUGCCAGUCGGGUAACAGAAGACAGUCUCUUAUUUGUUACUUGUGAUGUCUGAAGUUUUGCUUACUUAUGGUAAGAAAAAAAGAACAAACUGUUUUAUUCAUUUAACUUGUGCAGGUAUGACAUUUAUUAUCCUAAAGCCUUACAGUGGCUUUGUAAGGUAGCCUACUUUGUAUAAAAGUAGUGGAUUUUGCUGUAUCUGAAAGUUACUUUAAAUUUUAGAUAUUAAAGUAGUAUUUAAAUACAUACUCAUGGAGUUGAACAUAAGAUGGGUUUACAUAACUGUGGGCUUAACAUUAUCAUGUGGAUCUUGUUGUGCUUUUACCCAUCAUAAUCAUCAUUCUGGAGGGGCAUAUAGAGACAGAAUCACUUUUGAUGCAGGGGCCUAAGAGCUGACAGGAAGCGAUCAAUGAAAAUUGCAAAUAAAGUAGCUAUAAUUUUGUAAUUUUGUAAAUGUUAACAUAUAUUAAGUACAUUAGAUUAUAGAACCAUUAAAUUAACUAAAUAUACUGAUGCUACGUGGCACUUUACAUUUAAGCAGAAGUACAGUUUAGUCUCCCCUACACUCUGAACGACUUUCUAUCAUUUAUGUUGUGCAGUCUAUGAAAUGGGUUUGACUGUCAUUGUAUUUGACUAGGAGCUGCUCCUUGAUACACCCAUCCCUAACUGGUUUAGGGCUUCUCUUAGUACCAUGCCGGCAUAGUGCUCGGCAGGAGAUUGUGAGAGCACACAAAGUACGAAGGGACAGGACAAAGCACGUAAAAGAUUGCUUUCAAUGUACACAUAUUCCAGUUUAGUGUACGCUGCAUGCACCAUUUUAUAUGGUUGACAUAUUCUGAGUUUGCACAUAUUGUUCUGAUUGACAGACUUUGGCAGAGUGUAAUAAGAAUAAAUGCAUAUGCAGUGAUGUACAGGAAGUGUCAAUAUUAAAGGUCACUUUGUUUGAAUAUGUUAACAGGGGUGCCUCGUAAAUGGUAUAUUAGCAGCAGGACAGUCACUGAUGGAUACUUCUGUGGUAAACUUUAACUGCACUUUUGAAUUAUGUACAUUUAAAAGUGCAAUGGUGUGCACUUCAGAUAAUACUUUUAUAAAUUCUUGUAAUGUAAAAUGUUCUAUAGACAAUGUAUUGUCUUGGUAUAAAAUAUUGUGAUGAAUUUUAUUUAUUGUGAAUGAUUAAAAUACAGUUUGAAAAAAAUAAAUCUAUCAGAAAAAGCAAGGAGAAAUCUAA